ACCGGAUUCUUAACUUUUUUUUAGUUAAAAGUUAAGAGACAAGUUAUUAUAUUUCUUAAGUGCCUCAUCUUAAGAGCACUUGCAACGGGGGAUGACAUAGAGUCCUUAAGCCCGGUCCGUUGCAGAUUUUGGAUUUUUUAAUUAAUAUAAACCCAGCCCAUUUGACGGAUUGAUCCGUAAAUAGCAUCUUGACGGACCCGGUCCGUGGGCGACGUGGCGGAAAGAGAUUGGACGGAGGAGCGUUUGUGUUUGGUAUUGGCGAAAAAAAAACCUCCUUUCGACGAAAGCAAAGAAAAAAAAAACCUCUCAACUCUCCAGGGCGAUUUGUCGGAUCCCACCGUCGCGAUUCAACUUCGUCUGAUCCUCAAGGUUAACGAAAAUGGGAAGGUAUAGCUAUAGCCAGCCGUCCUCAUCAUCAGCGUCUGUCGACAUCACCUCACUUCUCGAAGCUGAAGCUCAGGGUUACGCCGAUGAAGCUCAGAGUAGCUUCGAUAAUGGAGAGCCGUUUCAGAACCAACCUCAACCUGAGGGGGAUGAUGGCAUCCCGACGAUCUGCUACUGUGGGAGUGAGCCGGUUGUUGCUACAGCCUACACGGAAAAAGAUCCAGGCCGUAGGUAUUUCAGCUGCAACAAUGUCGUUGAUGGAGCCACUCACAUCUGGAAGUGGUGGGAUGACGCGGUCAUGGAGGAGAUGAGGGACUUUCAGACGGAGAUAAGACGGCUUAAGGAAGCAGUUGCAGAGAGAGAGCAGAAGCUGCUGCUGCUAGAGAAGACUGUGUACGACGCAGGAAAGGAUACCACACGAGUUAAGCUAAUGGUGUGCCUGCUAGUGGUCAUAGGUUUGGUAAUCUUGGUUCUACAUGGUAAGUUCUCGACUUAUUUGGAUUUCAUUUUCAGUUUAUGCGUUUGUAUUAAAACAUUUGACUGCCUAAUGUUACUUGUUUGCAGGAGUAGCUUCAAAGGCUUCAAUGGGGAGUGUUCUAUCACCUGUCCAAUGGCGAAAAAAGUAAAGGUACUCUGCUUUUCUUUUCUAUCACUUGACAAUGUAUAUUCCGUAAAAAAAAAAUUCCAAUUGUCGGGUUAUAGACACCUUCUGUACAGUCAAAUCCCAGUAGAUCUUGAAUCACCCGAGCCUUUUUGGCUCGGGUCUCAAGCUCCUGAUGAUUCUCCUAGCGAAAUCUCUCCUGAAUGUCCUAGCCAAAUCCCUCCUGAGUGUCCUAGUCAAGUCCCUGGUCAGUCUCGUAGGCAAGUCCCUGAGGAGUAUGUUAAGACCUUUCCAGAUAGAAGGAAAUAUACACCCAAAGAGGAUAGGAUCCUUAUUGGUGCUUGGCUUAACACCAGUAAGGACCCUCUCGUAGGCAACGAGCAGAGAGCUGUUGCUUUCUGGAAGCGUAUUGUAGACUACUACAACGCCAGCCCUCAGCUCGUUGGGGAAGUACCGCGGGAGGUUACUUCUUGUAAGCAGAGGUGGUCUAGGAUCAAUCAUGAAGUAUCCAGAUUCACUGGUUGCUACAACCAGGCGCUGAGGGAGCAGAGAAGCGGCCAAAAUGAUGAUGAUGUGAUCAAAGCUGCUUACGACAUAUUCUUCACCAAGUACGAUACCAAGUUCACACUCGAUCACUGCUGGAGAGAGCUCAGGCAUGAGCAGAAAUGGGCCUCCACAUAUAUGGCUAAGGAUGGUGGAAAGGAAAAGCGGAGGCCGGUGGUGGAUCUUGACGGACCAGAAGAAAAUGUUGUUGGAGAAGAUGAGGAUAGACCCGUCGGGGUAAAGGCUGCGAAAGGUGCCAGUAAGAAGAAGAAGAGUGGUCGAAAUGAGGAGUUGUCUAAGCUACAAGGCGUUUUGGAACUUAAGGAAAAACUGUCUAGAAAUAAAGUCCUUGAUCGCUUGCUGGCCAAGAAAGAGCCAUUGUCUGAGAUCGAAACAACACUAAAAAUGAAGCUUAUGUCUGAAGUGUUAUGAUGUGUACUGUGUGUUCUUUGAGGUCACUUGUAGGAAAAGUUAGUACUUGUUGUGUGAUGUGUGUACUUGCUUAGUUGUUACAGCUAUACUAACCAUUUUUUAAACGUGUUGUUGCAGGUAGUUCUUUGAGGUCACGGGAGUUGUCACGGGUGGAUUUAGAGUACUGAGAGCAUUUUGGCAUGUAGCUCCUGCUCAUAAGUCACGGGUUUUCCCUUCUUGUAGUAUAAGUACUCGGAUAUGUAUCUCUUUCUCCUCAACAUCAAAAACCUUAUCAUCAAAACCUUUGUAAUAUUUUGGAACCAAAACCAUUGUAAUAUUUGUCUGCUACUUGCUUCUCUCAAUCCUUUGUAUCCAUCUCAUCAACUUGCUUCUCUGUACCAUAACCAUAAUCAGGUUUCGGUUGUUGUUUCAUAUGGCUUACAUGCAUUUUGUUUCAGUUUUACAUGCAUUUUGGUCGCUAUCGUCUUUGGCAUCUUAGGUUUUACAUGCUUGUUAAUAUGGCUUACAUGCAUUUUGUUUCAGUUUUACAUGCUUGUUAAUAUAUGUUUUAACUUUUAACUAGUUGUAUCAGUUAUAAGAACGGCUAUAUUUAUUCUCACUUUGUUUCUAGAAUUUUCUUCAUUUAUAAAAACUAGAAUCCCAAACUACCAAAAAAUAAGAAAAGAUUUAAAAGUAGAAAAAAUCAAAAUAUUUUUAACUUAUAAGAAAAAAAUAGAAAAGAUUUAAAAGUAGAAAAAAUCAAAAUAUUUUUAACUUAUAAGAAAAAAAUAAGAAAUGAUCUUCGUGAUAGGCAAACUCAUGAACGAUUGAAGAAUGAUUUGAUCGAAAACAUUUGGAAUAAAUUUGGCGAUGAAGAUUAAUAAUUAGUAUCUUUAUAUUUAAACCUUGUAUAUUUUAAUCCUUGUAUCUUUUAAUCCUUGUAUCUUUAAAUUGAAUCUUUGUACCUUUUAUUUUAAUUAUGCAAUUAAUAAAUUUUCAAUUU